AGCUAUUGGCUGAAACAGACCCGGAAGUCGAAAAUCUGUAAACAUCUGCUCAAACGUCUGACUUUAAAUCUGAGUUUUAUUCAGAUAGAGAAAAGAAGUUGAACACUUUGGAGAGGUUGCAGAAGAUGGGAUCCAAAGAUUUGAGACUCAUGGAUGUUUUCUCCUACGAGAGUCUCGUGCAUGCAGUCGCCGGUGCAGUGGGCAGUGUGACUGCUAUGACUGUUUUCUUUCCUCUCGACACAGCUCGGCUUCGGCUGCAAGUGGAUGAAAAGAGGAAAGCCAAGUCCACAGCAGCCAUUCUGGGUGAGAUCAUCAAGGAGGAGGGUCUGUUAGCUCCAUAUCGAGGUUGGUUCCCAGUAAUCUGCAGUCUCUGUUGCUCCAACUUUGUGUACUUCUACUGUUUUCAUAGCCUGAAGGCCACCUGGUUAAGAGGUCAUAGGUCAACACCAGGACGAGACCUGAUCAUUGGCAUUGUUGCAGGUGUAGUAAAUGUUCUAGUCACCACUCCACUCUGGGUCGUCAAUACCAGACUAAAACUACAAGGGGCGAAAUUCAGAAACGAGGACAUAAAGCCUACACACUACAAAGGAAUUAUAGAUGCAUUUGCCCAGAUCAUUCAGCAGGAAGGAUUGGGAGCACUGUGGAAUGGCACAUUUCCCUCCCUGCUCCUGGUGCUGAAUCCUGCUGUUCAGUUUAUGAUCUAUGAGGGUCUGAAGAGGCAGCUGAUGAGAGGAGUGCACAGAGAGCUGAGAUCUGUGGAGGCGUUUCUAAUAGGAGCCAUUGCCAAGGCGGUAGCAACCACGAUAACCUACCCACUACAAACAGUUCAGUCCGUCCUACGGUUUGGGCAGCAUGGGCAGCCAACAGAACAAAACAAACUGCUGAGCAGUAUGAGAUCUGUUAUGUAUCUGCUCAUCAAUAGAGUCAGGAAAUGGGGCAUGCUGGGAUUGUUCAAAGGCCUGGAGGCAAAGUUACUUCAGACGGUCCUCACGGCUGCGUUGAUGUUCUUGCUGUAUGAGAAGAUCGCCAGUGUCACCUUUAGGGUCAUGGGGUCAAACACCUAGUGACGUCCCACUGACCCCUUACAGAACUUUAAUCAGCUAUAAUUAACUUAAAUUUUAUCACAUUAACUUUAUGGACAAUAUGAAUGAUAUACAGAAGUGCUCAUAUGUACAUAAUAUUAUGAAGGCAAAUAUAAACUGCAAAAAGGAUUUUCUUACUUUCAGUACAAAUAUCUAUAAUUUCCUCAAUCAUUUAUUUACAUGAAUUUGUGCUUAAAACAACCAGAAAAUCUUCCAAGGGGGUAAGAACAUUUUUCUUAAAUUAAGUGUUUAAGAAAAAAUGAAAGUUAUUUUAAGAUAUUUUUCUUCCCCAAUGGCAGAUUCUUUUUUGUUUGUUUGUUUGUUUGUUUGUUUUAAGCACAAAUUCACUUAAAUUUGAUUUUUUUUUUCUUGGGUCACAUCAAGAAAAUGCAUCUUGAUUUAAUAAUGUUUAGAUGUUUGUACUGAAAACAAGAAAAUAAAGUAAUUAAGAAAGUCAUUUUUUUUGGAGCGUAUAUAAAUGCAAACUCAAUUUCCACCAAAAGUAGAUGAUGUUCAUCAUUUGCUGCCAAUGCUGAUGGGAGAUUUGGGAGUAGAAUUUGGAAAGGAUGAUGCUGUGCCAAUCGAUGCAAAUAAUUGGACAAUACAUUUGGUCUGUUACUUGUUUUGACAGAGUGAGAAAGACUUUUUCUUACGUAGUUUCAUUUCAAAGACUGCAAGGAGACAGUACAUUGAAUUUGUUUUUCCUCUAUCUUUCAUGACUCAAAAAAAUUAAAUACUUUAGUUGAUAUCUGUUAUCAAAUCUGUUAAUUUAUUCGCUAAAUUAGUCACUUAUUUUAGAUUAAGACCUCAUGGAGGUCAGUUUGUAAGUUGUUUUUAAUGUUUGGUUUGGUUUGUUUACCUAUAGUGUCAAAAAUGAAAAUGUUUUUGGAAAAUUGAUGGUUUUGUUGGGAAGGCGACCUUGGCUGUCAAUGAAGAAAGCUGAUAGUAGAUCAGCCCUCUGGCGAUGAUACUGUACUAACAAACCUCAGGACUGACUUGUGUAUACUCUCUGUGUAUAAUACUUGAUUUUACUUAAAAAUGCUGGACACUUUGCCAGUAACAGACCGUUUACUUAAAAGUUUAGACCUGUAGGAUUUAUUUUCUAUUGGUUGUAUUUAUUCAACUAUUUUCUAAUCUUUCUUGAAAGAAGUUUUGAAAAAAAAGUAAAUGAGUCAACUUCAAAACCAUUGCUUCUUUAUUUUAAUGUCAUGGCUAGAAUAAAGUCUUUAUAUAUAUAUAAAAAGAGUUUGGUUCCAGAACAUGAUUCUGUUUUUUGUUUCCAAUUAAUAUGUAUUCAACUGCAGUUGGUUUAUUUUGAUUUAAGCCUUCUAGAAAACUACAGCUAAGUAGCAUGGAGUUAUCUCAUUUUGGAACAAAGUCAAGUGCGGUAAAUGUAUAAAAAAUAGAUCUUAUAAUUGAUAUUGCACAAAAGAUAUUUAUUUAACUAUAGUAAAAUAAGUGAUCUUAAUGAUUUUCUAAGUUAAUUUAGAUACAAAUUAUGUUUUUUAAGAUUCAGUUUAGCUUACGUCUAGGUUUGGAAUAAUUAUACUGCUUUGCCUCUAGGGGGCAGUAAAUGGAUGUGUGUUCAACUUUAUACCUAUUUUUUACAGUCUAUGGUUUAUACGUGCUCCACAAGAAUUUUCCUUCAAAAGUUCACACUGGGUCAUUAAGUUGUUUUCUUUCUUUUUUUCACUUAAAUGGAUUGUUCACCCAAAAGUAAAAAGUCUCAUCAUUUACUCACCUUCAUGUAAACACACAGCAGCUGAUUGUAAUUAUUGACUUCCACAGAAGGAAAACAAAUAUUAUGGAAGUAUUUUGAUAAAUGAUGAAGAAGAUAUUUUGAUAAAUGAUGUUAAGCACACAGUUGAUGAUACCCAUGAAUUCUAUCGUAUUUGUUUUUCCUACUAUGGAAGUCAAUGGUUGCAAUCAGCUGUGUGUUUACCAUCAUUUCUCAAAAUAUCUUCUUUUGUGUUCAUCCAAAAGAAGAUUUAG